CGAUGUGACCCGACAGAGAAAAUGGCGGCGGCGGCGGGGGAUCGCGCCUCGUCAUCGGGAUUAUCCUCGGGCGGCGGCGCGGAGGCGGCCGCCGCCGCCGCCUGCGGGAGCCUGAAAGGCGGCGUGGUGGCAGGGAGCGUCGCCGGGAGCGGCGGGGGGCUCUUGCGGGAGGCGGGCGGCGGCAGCCGAGAACAGCGCUCUGACUGGAGACGGAAGCAGCUGCGCAAAGUGCGGAGCGUGGAGCUGGACCGGCUGCCGGAGGCGCCCCUCUUCCUCGCCGCCGCCCCGGCCGCCUCCUCCUCUUCCUCCUCCUCCUCGCCGGAGCCCCCCGAGACGCUGCUGCUCCACUACCUGCCCGGGCCGCCGCGCUCCAGCCCCGCCAGCCCGGCUGCCUCCCCCAGCCGCUGCGCCGAGCUCCUGGAGCCGCUGCCGGCGGGGAGCCCGGCGGGGACGGACCCCGCCGCGGAGCGGAGGAUGGAGCCGUCCCCCGCCGCGAGUCGUGACAUGGAGAAUAAAGAAACCCUUAGGGGGUUGCAGAAGAUGGAUGACCGCCCAGAAGAGCGCAUGAUCAGGGAGAAACUCAAGGCAACAUGUAUGCCAGCCUGGAAGCAUGAAUGGCUGGAAAGAAGAAGCAGAAGAGGCCCUGUGGUGGUGAAACCUAUCCCUGGAAAAGUAGAUGGAUCAGAAAUGAACAAACUCUGUCUAGAUCCUCAAGCUGAAGGACACAGCACUGCUUCUUCACCUACGCAAAAAGGAAGACGUAGUCCUUCUCCUAGCAGUUCCUCUUCAUCAUCUGCUAGGACAGUUAAAUCUGAGUCACCAGGUGUUAGAAGAAAAAGGGUAUCUCCAGUGCCUUUUCAGAGCGGACGGAUAACGCCGCCUCGACGAGCCCCAUCUCCAGAUGGCUUCUCUCCGUACAGCCCUGAGGAGACAAAUCGCCGAGUCAACAAAGUGAUGCGAGCCAGGCUGUACUUGCUGCAGCAGAUAGGACCCAACUCUUUCUUAAUUGGAGGCGACAGCCCUGAUAAUAAAUACAGAGUGUUUAUUGGGCCUCAGACUUGUAGCUGCGGCCGUGGGACAUUUUGUAUUCAUCUGCUGUUUGUUAUGCUGAGGGUCUUUCAGCUUGAACCCUCAGACCCAAUGCUGUGGAGAAAGACGCUGAAGAACUUUGAGGUUGAGAGUUUGUUCCAGAAAUAUCACAGUAGGCGUAGCUCGAGGAUCAAAGCUCCAUCUCGUAACACCAUCCAGAAGUUUGUCUCACGCAUGUCAAAUUCUCAUACAUUGUCAUCAUCUAGUACUUCUACAUCUAGUUCAGAAAACAGUAUGAAGGAUGAAGAAGAGCAGAUGUGCCCCAUUUGUUUGUUAGGCAUGCUGGAUGAGGAGAGUCUAACUGUGUGUGAAGAUGGCUGCAGAAACAAAUUACACCACCACUGCAUGUCAAUAUGGGCAGAAGAAUGUAGAAGAAACAGAGAGCCACUCAUCUGUCCACUCUGUAGAUCUAAAUGGAGAUCUCAUGAUUUCUAUAGUCAUGAAUUGCCAAGCCCUGUGGAUUCUUCUGUUCUUCGUAUGGUUCAGCAACAAUCUCAGCAGCAGUCAGCAGUUGGAUCACAGAGAAGAACUCAAGAUAGCAAUUUUAACCUUACUCAUUAUGGAGUCCAGCAGAUCCCUUCAACAUAUAAAGAUUCAGCUGAGCCAUGGAUUCAGGUAUUUGGGAUGGAGCUAGUUGGCUGCUUGUUUUCUCGAAACUGGAAUAUACGAGAGAUGGCACUUAGACGUCUUUCCCAUGAUGUUAGUGGUGCUCUGUUACUGGCUAACGGUGAAAGCACUGGAAACUCUGGAAGCAGCAAUGGAAACAACACAAGUGCUGGAGCUCUGGGAGCAGCUAGUGGGUCGUCUCAGACCAGUAUCUCAGGAGAUGUGGUGGUAGAAUCCUGCUGCAGUGUGCUGUCCAUGGUCUGUGCUGACCCUGUCUACAAAGUGUAUGUUGCUGCUUUAAAAACUUUAAGAGCCAUGCUGGUGUAUACUCCCUGUCAUACUUUGGCAGAGAGGACUAAACUACAGCGACUUCUCAAGCCAGUUGUAGAGACAAUACUAGUUAAAUGUGCAGAUGCUAACAGUCGAACAAGUCAACUUUCAGUCUCAACGCUAUUGGAGAUGUGUAAAGGUCAAGCGGGCGAGUUGGCAGUUGGGAGAGAAAUACUUAAAUCUGGAUCCAUUGGUAUCGGAGGUGUUGAUUACGUCUUAAACUGUAUUCUUGGAAAUGAAAUUGAAUCUAGCAACUGGCAAGCACUGCUGGGGCGACUUUGUCUAAUAGACAGACUUCUGUUGGAAUUUCCUAGUGAAUUUUAUCCUCACAUUGUCUGUGGAGAUGUCUUGCAGGCUGAUACCGUAGUUGACAGGUAUAAGAAGCUUCUUUCCCUCUUAACUUUCGCCUUGCAGUCAAUUGACAAUUCCCACUCAAUGGUUGGCAAACUGUCACGGAGAAUAUUUUUGAGUGCAGCAAGAAUGGUAGCAAGAGUGCCCCAUAUUUUUGUAAAGCUGUUAGAUAUGUUGAGUGUGACAAGCUCAACUCAUUAUGCAAGGAUGCGUCGACGUCUGAUGGCAAUAGCAGAUGAAAUGGAAAUUGCAGAAGCCAUUCAGCUGGGCAUGGAAGAGAUGCACUCUGGGGAAUGCCGACAUGAAGACUUUUUACACCUACCUGUGCCAGACAACUCUCCAGAAACUACAGAAAAUAAUACUCCGAAUAAUACUGUCCAGUUAUCAGGGAAAAGUGGGAAAGGUUUAAGUGACAGAAAACUGAGUGCCAGUCCAGAUGACAUUUCUGAGAUGCUAGCUGGCCUUGCUAUGGGACUUUCUGUUUCAUCAGUAACCACUGAGCAACCAAAACCAGCCAUACAAACAAAAGGAAAACCCCACAGUCAGUGUGGGAACUCUUCUCCCUCAUCCAGUCAUUCCCAGUCACUAUUCCCAACACUUCUGUCUCCAUCAAACACAUCUGUACCAGCUGGCACUGUAACAGAUAUCUCUAAACUCAGACCUCAGGGAUUUGUUCCCUGCAAAAUCCCUUCACCUUCUCCUCAAACACAGCGGAAACUUUCUCUCCAGUUUCAGCGAAACUGUUCUGAAAAUAAAGAAUCUGAGAAACUCUCUCCAGUUUUCACCCAAGCCAGGCCAUUGCCAUCCAGUCAUGUACAUAGGCCAAAGCCAUCACGACCCACCCCGAGUGAUGUGAAUAAGCAAGGAGAAACCUUAAAAAGCAGUAUGACACUUGACCUGAAUGAUAUUUCACAGUGUGAUGGCAAUAGCAGUGCAGUUAUACCAAGUGAAGAGACAGUGUUCACACCAGUAGAUGAGAAGUGCCGGCUGGACGUUAAUGCAGAGCUCAAUUCCAGUAUUGAGGACCUGCUUGAGGCCUCCAUGCCAACGAGUGAUGGCACAGUCACAUUCAAGUCUGAAGUUGCAGUUCUUUCUCCUGAGCGGGCAGAAAAUGAUGAUACUUACAAAGAUGAUGUAAAUCAUAAUCAAAAAUGCAAGGAAAAGAUGGAAGCUGAGGAGGAGGAAGCUUUAGCUAUUGCUAUGGCAAUGUCAGCAUCCCAAGAUGCCUUGCCAGUAAUUCCCCAGCUACAGGUUGAAAAUGGUGAAGAUAUCAUAAUCAUUCAGCAGGAUACACCGGAAACCCUGCCUGGACAUACCAAAGCAAAACACCAUUAUAGAGAAGAUGCAGAAUGGCUUAAAGGUCAACAAAUUGGUCUUGGAGCUUUCUCUUCCUGUUACCAAGCUCAAGAUGUGGGAACAGGGACGUUAAUGGCUGUAAAACAGGUGACAUAUGUCAGGAACACAUCAUCUGAGCAAGAAGAGGUGGUUGAAGCACUGAGGGAAGAAAUAAGGAUGAUGAGUCAUCUGAACCAUCCUAACAUUAUUCGAAUGUUGGGUGCUACAUGUGAGAAGAGCAACUAUAACCUGUUUAUUGAAUGGAUGGCAGGGGGUUCAGUUGCUCAUUUGUUAAGUAAAUAUGGAGCCUUCAAAGAAUCGGUUAUUAUUAAUUACACAGAACAACUUUUACGUGGCCUUUCUUACCUCCAUGAGAAUCAGAUAAUCCAUAGAGAUGUUAAAGGUGCCAAUUUGCUAAUUGACAGCACAGGUCAUAGAUUAAGAAUUGCUGAUUUUGGAGCUGCAGCCAGGUUGGCAUCAAAAGGAACUGGUGCUGGGGAGUUUCAGGGACAGUUGUUGGGAACUAUUGCAUUUAUGGCACCGGAGGUCCUGAGAGGUCAGCAAUAUGGGAGGAGCUGUGAUGUGUGGAGCGUUGGCUGUGUUGUCAUAGAAAUGGCUUGUGCUAAACCUCCUUGGAACGCAGAGAAACACUCCAAUCAUCUUGCUCUGAUAUUUAAGAUUGCUAGUGCAACUACUGCUCCAUCAAUCCCUACACAUCUGUCUCCGGGCUUGAAAGAUGUGACUCUUCGGUGUUUAGAACUUCAACCUCAGGACAGACCACCUUCAAGGGAGCUGCUGAAACACCCAGUCUUCCGUACUACAUGGUAGCUACUUAUUUGUAAGGCUGAAAUACUGAAGAAAAUGCUACUGAAUAUACAGUAACUGUCUUGCAGUGCAGUUACGUGCAGCAAAUUAUAUUAUUCUGCUGGCCUUAAUGAUAGAUACAUCAAGAGCAUAAGGCCAGUGGAGGACCCUACCUAAGUAUGUGAUUGACAAAUCAAGAUCUUUACCUAAGCUCAGUAUGCAACAUUUGACAAUUCAUGCAGAGAUUUGUAAACUGUGCCUUUUCAAACAUCUGGCUCUAUGUUAACAUAAAAAUAUUUUUCCUUAAAUCUGCAUGAUUAUUUAGCAGGUAAGUGAUUUUUAUUUUAUUUAGAGCACUUUUUCAGCACUAUUAGAAGCUGAGAGGCUCAAGAUCUAUUUUAAUAUUGCAAUCACUGUUCAAUUUCACAUGUAGAUGCUCUGCAAUUAGUAAGUUUUCAAUACUGGUUAAAAGGACAUUCUGUCCCUUUUAAUUACCUGAUGCUCUCUGAGUUACAAAUCCAAAUAUUGAUGGAAACUUUAAAAAAAGCAUUUGCCUUCCUAUAAAGUAAGAGCAGGCACUCAUGGUUCACUGUGCAUUUACUGCUGGCCAUGUAAUUUCUUUUGAAAUCAAAGUUUUUCUUUGUAUUUUUAACUUUCAUGAAAAGGGGAUAUUUUAAAAUAGUCUUUAGAAAAAAAGAUGCAAGCUGUGUCAAGGAAUAUUUUCCUGACACAAGAGUUUUAAAACCAGAUUUGCUGGAAAUCUGGGAUAAAAUGCCACUUUCAACAAGGAUGUUGAAGGCUCUGAUAGUAUAGGUUAUUUAAUAAACAAGAUUGUUCUGUAUAAAGUAACUUAGUCUGAACCAUGCUAGAAGUUGUUGAGCCUUUUUUUUUUCAUAUAGCUGUUUCUUCUGGCAAAUCGUGUAGAGAAGUUUCAUGUCAAGGGCCCCCCAAACCCAGCUUCCAUUAAAGUUUUUAUGGGAGACCUUGGCAUGUACUUCAGUGUGAGCAGGUGCCAAAUGAGCGAAUCUCAUUCUUUGUGUAAAGAAACUGAGGUUACAUUCUCUACUGAUAACAAGUUUUACCUGCUGUUUUCCUUCUGCCGUACAUCAUCGAUUUACUGUAGCCAUUAGUGGUAAUUUAAUUUGAAAAUGUUAAAAAUAUUACCAUAAGAAAGGUAUUUAUUUUAACAAGAAACAAACUUGGACUUGAAGAUCCAGAUAAAGUAAAAUGUGAAGUAAAGCUUCACCUGUAGUGCAAAACUUGUUGGUUUUUAGGAGAUGUGGGGUUUUUUUAAAACGGUUUUUAAAAAUUAUUUUAAAGGCAGGUUUUUAGAUUCUGAUGCAUGUAAUUCUGAAGGAAAAUGGCAGCUUUUUCUUUUGCAUUUUUAAAAAUGGGGAUCUUUUUUAAUCUAAUAAUGAUUGUGUUUAAUCCAUUUUGAAAAAAAUUACUGUUCAUGUUAUAACUCUUCAGAAGCCAGUUGGAUUGUUGGACUCAAAUAGAAUUGGUUAUUUUCAAAGACUCAGGACAAGCUAAAUAAGCUAUAGUACCUUAAAAGUGUAUAAUACAAAUUGGAAGCAAGACAUCUUUAAAGAUACGUUUACAUGAAUGACAGUGCUCAUACUAAUAAAAAAAAAAACAAACCA